AUGGGUGUGUCUGAACUACCAUUCGAACUUCUUGUGCAAAUUUCUGAUAAUCUAUCGACAAAGGACAUACUGUCUUGUGCUCUUACGUGCAAGGCGUGGAGAAACCCGUUUCAAAAGGCCCUGUGGAGAGAGAUACGACUUUAUAACUUUCACAGCACGCAAAGAUUUAUCGACAUUAUUAAAGACUUCCAAGACGUAUCCAUAUCGUACCCACAUUUGGUUCACAGUCUAUGCAUAGAUGGUCGUUUUCGUAUGCCACCUAAUUCCGAUUCUCAAGUUUCUGACCUGUCAAUGUACCUGCCAAACAUAAAAAGCUUGUGCGUCGAGAAUAUAAGCCGGACAGAUAUCUGUACAGAGCUAACAAGAUCACACAAAAUAUGGAAGUCUCUGGAAAGUUUGAAAGUAGACUACGAAAGAAGUGAAAAUGAAGUUUCAGCAAAAAACCUAUUUGAAUUUAUAAAUACGUGUACCAUGCUCCAGAAACUAGAAAUACGGGAUGAUGGAUUGGGUUUUAACAUAGAGCGCAGUGUGGAUUACUUUGAGAACAUGCACCGACACUUGCAAAACCUAUCAUUUAUCAAGGUUGGACUAUAUCUCACCCCUGACAUUUUGGAUACUCUUGACACAAUCCCAAAUACGAUACCAGCUUUCUCUGUGAUAUAUCUUGACAUAAAUUCGAAACGAUACAAAGGAAUAGACUCAUAUGAUGAUACUGAAUACGGUACAAAUGAUUGGGAUCCUUUGUGGCUGUACUAUUUUGGAUACAAGUAUCCAAACUUGCGUUCCCUAAAGCUAGACUUUACAAACAUAUUUAGUGAACCUAUAAAUCCUGGAUAUAGGCAAAUGACUAUAUCUCUUUUUCACUCCAACCCAAAUGCAUUUCGACAUCUGGAAACAUUCGAUCUCACGACCGACUAUUAUUUCGAGUUUUCGGAUUUUAUCUUAUGGGAAUUGUUUUGUUCAUUAAGAAUUCCUCUUAAGUAUUUGACGUUGGAUGCAACAAAUUAUGGCGCAGUAGAUGAUUCAAACCCAAUGGAUAUUGACAGGAUUUUACAAUCCUUUUCUGAGACACUCGAGAGUCUUUCUGUCACAGGGUUUAUAUAUAGUGAGAGGAACCAAGAUUCAACCAUAAAACUAUCCUCUUGCUAUCCGCUUUUGACGAAUCUUUGCAUUCGUGGCAGAGAGAUGUCCCUUAAUCUUGAGGACCUAUUAGACAAAUGUGUAGCCCUCAAACAGCUGGAAUAUUGCGGUGGGAUAUUGCUCAUUAAUCCAAACACGACAACAGAGGAGUCAAAUCAGCAUCAGAAGCAGCAUGGACUACAGAUUUUGAAGUUACACGAUUUUUCUGCAGCCGCCGAAGUAUUUGAUCACAUCUCUUUCAAGUGUAGAAGCUUGGAAUAUAUGGAUUUGAGUGUUUUUUAUAUCACGGGAAAUAUUUGUGAAAGAAACGGAUGUUUGCUACUCGAUAUGUCACAUACUUUCUUAAAAACUCUAAACAUUGCCCAAAUUCGAUACGGAUCAACAUGCAAAAAAACACAUUCAGACGAUGCUAUUGGUCUGACACUUCUGUCUCAACUAUACGACGAUCCAUCAGCAGGAAAAGAGAGCGAAAGAGAAGAAAAUCAUAUUGAUUCAAAAAACACUAUAGUAAAAUAUUGUGAUAUGGGUUGUUUCUAUACAUAUGAUUACCAUAGAAUUGGUGCGAAUCGAGGCCUACACACUAUGCAACUUUCAAAAACAAGUGCCAAUAUUGCACUUGGCUACUAUCAAAACUCUUGGCCGAACAAAUUCAUCUCAACUUUAAAAGAUGACAACUCAUAUGAUGGAGUACAUCGAGAGAUCGAAUGGGAACGCGAGCUUUGCAAAGGAUACGCUAAAUGGAGCUUUGGCAAGGUUAAAGAUAUCCAUUUUAUAAGUAUAUGA